AUGAAUAAAAAGGGAAAAAAUAAAAAAGGAAAGGUACCCAAUCCUGUACCUGUGCGGGAAGAAAAAAGUGAUAAAACUGAAGAUGCAGAUAAAAGUGUUGAAAAAUCUGAAAAUGUGGAGGUGACUGCCAUUGUAAAACCAGAAGAAGGAGGUGUGGUUGAAGAUAUAGUGCCGAAGAUAGAAGAAAAAGUUGAAAGUGUGAAAGAAGAACGUGUGCCUGAAAUUUUGAGUGAAAUUAUAGCACCGGCUGCCGAGUUCAAAGAUGAAGAAUCUCCCAAGAAGCCUAAACGCAAUAGAGGAAAAAAGAAAAAAGGUAAAGAUGAUGAUUUUGACGAUAAUAUAGAAGAAAAACCGAAGGAAGCUAACAUCCAACCGCCUGGGGAAGAGAAAAAAGAAUUUGAAAUACCAGAAUUAGAAACUAAAUCAGAAGAAUUACCACUAAUAACACCGACAGCUCGUAAAAAGAAAAAUAAAAAGAAGAAUGCGGAUCAAAAGGCUGAUGAUAUUGAGAUUCCUGAUGUGGACGUUCCAAAUAUUCCACUACAAGAGCAAAAGAAAGAACCUGAAAUAAAAGAGGUCAUACCAGAUGUGAAAGAAGAGUUGUUAAAACCAGAAAUUCCAGAACAAGAAAUAAAGCCUGCUAAAAAGAAAAAUAAGAAAAAGAAGAGGAAUGAUUCGGAAAAGUCUGAUAAAGAAGAAUUCUCUUGCACUGCCGCUUUCCAGAAAAUUUUGGAUGAAAAAGAAGAGCCAGAAGCUCAAAUGGAAGAGCAAGUUAGUGAGCCAGUUAUUCCAUUAGAAAGCAUUAAGAUGACUAUUGAAAGUACUGAAACGAAAUUAGAAAAGACUGAAGAAACGAUACCAAUACCACCUAUGAUGGAUAAAGCACCAACUCCUGUUAAAGAAAUUGAAGAAAUCAAAGAAAAACCUGUAGCUGAAAGUAAAGGCAAAAAGAAAAAUAAAAAAGACAAAAAGCACACUCCGAAACUUGAAGAAAAAGAAGAAAAGGCAGAUUUAUCAAAAGAAGAGGAAGCCAAGGUUGAAGAAAUUUCUCAACCAGAAGUCGCACCAGUAGGAAGUUUAACUCCAGAGCCAAUAAAAGAAGAAACAAAUAUAACUAAACAAGAAAACAUUAAAGAUACAUUAGUUACAGAAUCACUUGAACCAAUGCUCGGAGAUUUAAGUCCAAAACCCAAAGCUAAAAUUGCAAAACCUGUAGAAAAGAAGCGUAAAGGUAAACAGGACACUCAAGUUUCUGAGAGUUCAUCUCAGGAUAUACUUGAAUCGUUGAUAGCUGAGCCAGAACAGACUAAGGCAGCUACACCUGAACCGAUACCUUUGGAACCAGAAAAGAUGAGUGAAAUUAUAAUGCAACCUACACAACAAAACAUUCCUAGCGACAUCACGUUCAUGAUGCCCGAUGAGGACGAAAAACUAAUAGCUCAAGAAUUUGAAUUGCUUGCCGAAAAAGCCAUGGGCAAAAAGCGAAAAAAAGGACCAAAAUCUCCUAAAAAUCUGGAAAUCGAGACUGGAACCCGAGAACAACAAUUAGACACUGAUAUCAAAGAUGUUGCCAAAGAACAAUUGGCAGUCAUAACUGAAGUAUUAACUCCACAGACUGAUCAACAAGAGUUUAUUAUUAUGAGUCAAAAGUCUAAUGUGCCGAUGCCAAUAGAUGCUGUUAAAGACGACACUCUAGGAAUUCCACAAUCCCACGAAUUUCAAGGAAAAGAGCUACUGACGCCUGAAAAUGUAGGUGAAGAGAAAGAAUUUACAAAACCAGAAGAGACUACUACAUUACAACCUGAUGAUAAACAUAAAUCUAGUAAGAAACGAAAGAAGUCUCCUAAACCUCCUAAAAAACUUGAAGAACCAAUCAAAAUCGAGGAACGACCAUUAACACCAAAGCCAGAGAUAGCUAAAGAAAUACCUACGGUUGAGGAAAGUACUCAACAACCAUUUCCCGAAAAGAUAGAGGCUUCUAACAUAACCAAAAUGUAUGAUAUUGAAAUAAGUAGUAUCAAAGCUGACGAGUCUGAAGGUUCAUCUUGUGACGUCAUACCUGACAUCAGUUACCCACGUGCAGCCAGUCAACAAAUGCCUGAUGACAACAAUAAUACCUUUAUCAGAGAAGUAUUUUCUCCUAUAGAACCUGUUCCUAUACUACAAGACAUCGCACAAGCUUUACCUAAAUCUGAAGAAAAGAAAAGUCCUCCAAAGGAAGAAAAGACAGAUUUAAAAUCUAAAAUGAUGGAAGUCAACCAAGAUAUGGAGGAAUUACGAUUGUCGAUUGAAAGAUCCUUAGCAGAACUAACAUCAAUUGAAAAAAGUGAAGAGAAUAUUGAAAAAGAGUUUGAAGCGACUCGAAACAAAGCUAAGAAUGUAUCCGAUAUUCUAUUUGAUAUAGGUGGUAAUGCAGUAAUUGAACAAAUGAUACCAACACCGAGUAUUGUAAAAGAAGCAGAGAUCAAAACGACAGGAGCUACUGAGCCUAAACCUGUUGAAGAAAUUAAGAUGCCAUUGGUAAUAGACGAAACCAAGAUAUCGGCAAAACAACUUCAAAUUGUACCAGUAAAAAAGCAAAAAGGCAAAGGAAAAGGCACCCCAGUUGAAAAACUACAAAAAGAAGUCAUACCUUUACCUUUUGUUGAAGGAACAGCUUUAGAUACUUCAUCUACAAUCGAGAGUACAACAAUCCAGAGUCCACCAAUAACUACAGAUAAACCGAUGGAGAUUAAGGCUGAACAAUUUCAAGAAAGUAUUAAACCUCCGACUGAACUACAAAAGGUAGAAGAAAGUGUAUUACCUGCAAUGCCACUACCUAAAACUGACAUAAAGACUGAACCAAUAGAAAGUGAACAGAAAGAUACUGAAAAGCCCAAAGAACAAGAAACUCCACUCGACGUACCACCAAUAUGUCCAGCAAGAAAAGACAAUAAAAACAAAAAUAAAAAGAAGAAAGGUAAACAGGACUCUCAAGUUACUUCUACUACUACUGCUCAAAGUACACCAGCUCCUACUCAAACACAACAAACUACACAAGAGACAAAAAAAGAAGAAAAACAAGAAUCUAAAACUGACAGCAAAUCAGAAUCAAAAGGAGGUCAAAGUAAAGGGAAAGGUAAACAGCAAGCAAGUGAUGUCGAUACUGGUAGCCAAGACGGCGCACUCCCAGAGGCGGACUUCGAACCAAUAGAAAAUUUUGAAGAUGCACUCACUUCAAGUAUUGAUGACGUCAACAAAACAUUCGAAAUGAUAGUCAAAGAAUCGCAAGAACAAAACAACCCUAAAAUAAACAUCAUAGCACCAGAUGAAGAAAAAACACCCGUCUCGCCGCCAAAAAACUUGCUAGGCCAUCCCGAUAUUCCUGUACGAUCGAAUAAAAGGGACUUCAAAAAGGAAAAAGAUAAAAUACCGAAUGAAGUAACGGCUCGUGUUAAGAUAAAAGAUUCGGUCGAGAUUGAAAAGAAAUCUUCUAAGAAUACGCAGACGAAUAAUAAAAUGAAGGAUUUCAUUAAGGAUUAUAAAAUGAAUGACAAUGAUGAUUUCGUUUAUAAGUACAGUUUUAGGAAAGUGUUCCUGCAAAGUGCUUGUCAUGUUUGUAAGAAGAGCUUGUGUGGAUCGAGAGUGCCUUGCAGUUAUUGUAACUUACUGUUCUAUUGUAGCAACAAGCAUAAAGAUGAAGACUGGCCACAACACCAGGCUCUGUGUUUUGCUGUCUCCACUAUUGUUCACUUGAAAGAUCAAAAACACAUUUACGGAGAUGCAAAGAACCUGACAGGACACGACUACCGUCUGAUAAGGAUGCAGAUGAUAGUGUCUUGUGAGAAGGUGCUGAAGCGACGGCUGGUGCCGUGGGAGCAGGAGGCGCUGCUGUAUCCCAGGAUCUGCGCUCAUGUCCCGUGCCGAGAGUGGAGGCAGAACAAGCUUAGUGACUGCCAGGGGUGUGGGCAGAUUUCGUAUUGCACCGACAACCCUGAUCACUUUCCCAAGUCUCAUUCACGCUGGUGCAAGUCAUACUCUCUAUACGAGAAGCUGGUGAGCUACCAGCAAACCAAGGGCCGACUGGAGCCAAAGAUGCCGACCAAAGUGCUGAAGGAAACGCAACAGAUACCAGAGAAGAUUAAUGAAGUACUGGCUUCUAUGUAUGAGGAGAAGAUUGAUAUAAACGACAUUCAAUACGCAGCACUGACGCAGCUGGCUACAGCACCGCUCACAGCUGCCUACUGCCACCAGCUCUGCAGGAACAGAGCUGGCCCAAUCACUAAUGGAGUCAAUAAGAAAUCUUCCUUCACAAUCCACGUAGUUGGAGCAGAGCUCCAGUUCGAGGCUGAUGCCCUCAACAAGUGGGAGGUGUUCUUCCUACACCUCAGACCUGAACUGCAGGAGUUGAGGGUCGUCCUCGUCAAUUAUAACUUGAACCCUUCGAACCUACCACUGGAGUUGCUUGGGAAGAUCAAGUUAUGUGACAACUGCAGACAGAACAACCGACGCGUAGUGUUUAACUUCCAAGACAAGAGGACUUAUGCUGACUACAAGUCCAGCGAGGACUUCGUUCCACCUGAUAUUGUAUGCGCUUUUAACCCGAGCGUCCAAAGAUCAUCAAUCUACAACGGCAAGGACCCUUGGCCCACAACUAUAGACGCCAUCUUAAAACUGAAGAUCCCUUUCAUCAUCACAGGGUACACCAUCACGGAGCUCCAUAAAGACUGCAUCAGGAUCAAGGAAUGUUCCGAAACUGGAUACAACUUCAUCACAGAACCGAAGUACAAUAACUUUGCUAGCGUUAGACCUGAUAGGAACUUUAUUUCUGAUGAUGAGAUGCCUUUGCUGUUCAAGAAUUAUUGUUUUGCUAUUAUCAGUGCAUGA